UACAAGAAUACCAGCAACAUGUUGGAAUUUAUGAAAUUCUUAGAAUGUGCAAUCGAAUGUCCGUGCUAUCGAGAAUUGAAGAGCCAAGGAUGUACUAACGCCAAUGCCCAGCAACAAAAUAAGUUCAAACAAAUUUCAAAAUAAUGAAAACCAGAAGUAGCAACCGGGACGCUGGACUCCGGAAUUCAGUGAAGUCCCCGGGCAAGCCCCUGACCCCAGAGAAAGACAAACACAUGGAUGCGUGCCAUGAUCCCGUAGACACCUCGGAUCAAUGUGUCCAAUCGCAGGUUGAAGGUGAGCUCCAAAACGUGGGAGCGAGUGAGCAGAACAUGCAUCCGGAGGUAAUUCAUAUCAAGAGCGAGCCCUUUUGUGAAGAUCUGUGGGAUGUCCUGGACGAGCUGGGAGUCAUUCUGGCUGAGGAGGAGGCCGAGUCGGAUCUGGAUGAAAAACCAGUGAUCACGCCACCGCCGCCCUCCAUCACACUGGCCGACGACUCUACAUUGUUCACUAGAAGAUCAAAGCCCGACUGCGAUGUAUCCCCCAUCAGCUUCAAUGAGUCCUUGCAGGAGUCGGGCGAAAUCGCUUCCAGUGAGGAGAACAACACUGAGGUAUACGUAUCCGAGGGAAUGGAACCCGUUCAACGUAUUAAUUCCUCUGCAAAAGAUAGCCAAAAGGAGCUCAGAAGCAGUCCAGAAGAAAAUUCCAGGCGCCACUGGGGCAGCACUGCGCAUAAGGAGUGGUUAUCAAUGAAAGCCACCACAACCAAAGCCAAAGAAAUCAAGCCUGAUCAGAGAAACCCCCGCAGCAAAUCCAAAGAGCGGACACGUGCUCGAAGAAAGAGUUCCUCUCUGAGAAAUAUACCCAUUAGUCGCAGCCCCAGCCCCACUUUUAGAGGCAGAAAGAGGAGCUCUUCAAGGAACUCAUCUUUGGACAAGGAAAGAUUAAGCCAGGCCAGCCGCAGAAAGCAUCGAAGCCAAUCCAGAGAUCACAUACGGAGGAGAAAGCUCUCUAGGGACCGGCUUAAGCGCCGCCGAAUGCCGGUCUCACCUAGGCCAAGACUUAGAUCCAGAUCUCGAAGUCCGGAUCGCACAAGUCGUUCACGUUCAAUACGAAAUCACCCUUCGGACAGAAGGUUGAGGGAUGUUUCUCCAAGCAUUAGGCACACACAUAGCAGUUGCUACCGGGGUCGGCCUGAUCCUCCCGGAUUUGGAUGGAGGCACGGUAUCCGGCGGUAUUCGCCAGCACGUUUGCCUCGUCUUCGUUCAAGGAGCAGAUCUAGGUCAGCCACGAACCUGGUGCGUCGGCGCUUGGGAAACAGGGUUCCGUUCCGGAAGCGUUCGAAGAGCAGCUCCCGGCCAAGAAGAAUACCGUUCCGAAAGCGUUCCAGGAGCAGGUCCAUAUCAGCAAAUGUCCUGCUGCGAGAGUCUUCGAGAAGCGCGCCCAAGGCGCGCUCAGGAAGCAAAUGCAGGAAACCUAAGAUCGUGCCCCGCCAGUCUUCCAGAAGUCCGAAGAUUCAGCACGAGGAGCGUCAGAGGAGUGUGUCCCAGCCUGCACAGAACAAACCCUUAGAAUCACUUAAGGAUAAGCCUAUUAUGACCGACCGAGUGGCGAGUCCAGUCGAGGCCAAGCAGCUACAAAGUCGCAUCCAGCCACCUCCUGCCUCCUCCUCCCCCAUCUUGCCAAGGCCCAUCUCUCCAAUGGUCACGCAGCACGACAACCGGUUAACCCGCCCAAAGAAGCUGCGCCAACACCUGCUACCCCCCCUGAUCCAGCAAGUGCUCUAUACGCACUUCACCCACCUGGAAUACAGUGCGCAGCACUUUCCCGGCUACCUGGCGCCCGGACCCUACAGCCAACAUCCGCACGAGCUAGUUCCCUUCGACCUGAGACGCCGUUUGGCCACAACGCGAUCCCUCUAUUGUUUGGAUCCACACGACCUGCGUCACCGGAUCCAGGACGUGUUCCGGCCGGACAUCUACUCGCCACUACCCGCCUUUAACGCCUACCCAGAGUGGCCCACAGGCUACUCUGGGCAGUACCACCCCAGCAGCUAUUUCUAGGGG